AUGUCUUUCAGAGGGCAGAAUGUUUUGAUUACCGGAGCUUCCAUGGGCAUUGGGGCAGCAAUUGCGCGGAAAGUCGCUGCGGAGGGAGCGAAUCUUGCCCUAUUUGCACGGUCAGAGGAUAAACUACAAGCAAUCACGAUAGACCUACAGAAGAAGCACCCGGAGGCAAGGGUGGUCUUCAAGGCUAUAGAUCUACAGAGCUACGAAGCCAUCGAGUCCGCAGUCAAAGAGGUAGUCAGCGAACUCGGUGCCAUUGACAUCCUGAUCAACAACGCCGGGCUCGCCCUCGGCGCCCCCGCCGCAUUCCCGGACCUCAAGGUUUCCGACAUCGUAACAAUGAACAGCACAAACAUCAAUGGCCUCAUGUUUGCAACAUAUGCCGUCCUCAACUCAUCUAUGAUGAACCGAAAGGCAGGCACAAUCCUCAACGUGACCUCUGUCACAGGGCUCGAGGUGCCUCCGUUCGCCGGGGAAGCCGUGUACCACUCUAACAAGGCUGCGCAAGAGGCAUUCACAAAUGCGCUGCGCAAUGAGCUUGUUGGGACGAAUAUCCGGGUCCUUGCGUUGCGCCCGGGAGUUGUGACGACGAAUUUCCACUCGCUGAGGGUUGGGCAUGAUAAGGAGAUGUAUGACAGUUUUAUUGAGGGGUAUACACCUCUGGAAGCCGACGAUAUCGCAGGUGCUGCAAUCUAUAUGCUCAGUCAACCGUUGAAUAUUUCCGUCAAAGCUUUGGAUGUGGUUCCCUCCGCCCAACGCUCGCUUACUGUCUUCGACCGCUCGUGGAGUGAGCGAAAUAGUCCUUAG